GGCAGCCUGUCAGUCAGCACUGAGGGAGCAGUCUCCCCCCGCAGGUCUCGAUCAGAGUCAAGUAGUUUCAUCGGAGUCACGUCCCGAGACCCGAGACCGGAGCCUCCAGACCCUCCAGACCCGGAUCAGCGUCCGGAGCCGAGUCCUGUGGUUGGAUCCAAAGUGAGCGGACCCGGUGCCAUGUUGUUCUGACGGAGCGCGCGGUGGAUUCUCAUUGGAUGACGCGCUCACCUGCAGCUGACGCCGUCGCUCCGCCGCAGGAUGAACGGAUACGACGUUCCCGCUCUCGCCUCCGGGUUCUUCGGCUCCUACGACUCAUCGCACAUCAAUGGAAACGACUCAUCGUCUCCUGAGCCGCUGAAACAAAAAGCCAAGUCUGCUGCCAAAAGUCUGUACGGUUCAGAUGAAAUGUUUUUCCUCCGCUCUUCGUCCAAACAUAAAAAGAAAAGUCAAAAACAAAGAAAACAUGUGACCAACACGAGCAUCAACAGUCUGACGGACACGUCGCAGUAUCACGUGGAGCAUCUGACCACGUUCGUGUUGGACCGAAAAGACGGGAUGGUUACCGUGGACGACGGGAUCCGCCGCCUCCGCCUGCUGGACGCUAAAGGCAAAGUCUGGACUCAGGAGAUGCUGCUGCAGGUGGAGGAGAAGACGGUCAGCCUCAUCGACCAGGACGCCAAGAACGAGCUGGAGAACUUCCCCGUGGGGACGAUCCAGCUCUGCCAGGCGGUGAUGAACGCCUGCAGCUACGACUCCAUCUUGGCUCUGGUGUGUAAAGACGCGGGUCAGGCGAAACCGGACCUGCACCUGUUCCAGUGUGACGACAUCAAGGCGAAUCUGAUCCAGACGGACGUGGAAAGUGCCAUGAUCGAUGCCAAAGGAGGAAAAGUGAAGAAGAGACCGGAGGCGCUGAAGAUGAUCCUGAAGAGCGACGGCAUCAUCCCUCCUCCACCUCCCGCUCCCGCCCCCGAACCCCCGGCAUCGUCCAAUCAGCUGGACGUGAGGAGCCGAGCGGCCGCCUGGUCGGCCUGGACCAAUGAGCAGCAAGACUAUGAGAAGCAGCGACAGAUGUGGUCGUCGUCGUCGGAGGACGAGGAGCCGGCGGAGGCGACGGCAGCGCGAGUGGACCGAGACGUGCAAAUCCUGAACCACGUCCUGGACGACAUAGAGUCGUUCGUCACCAAACUCCAGAAAGCUGCCGAGGCGUUUAACGAACUGUCCAAGAGGAAGAAGGUCAAGAAGAACAAGAAGAAAGGUCCAGGAGAGGGCGUCCUCACGCUGCGAUCCAAACCGCCCGGAGAGGACGAGUUCGUUGACUGUCUGCAGAAGUUCAAACACGCCUUCAACCAGCUGGGGAAACUGAAGGAUCACAUCCAGAACCCGAGUGCAGUGGAUCUGGUUCACUUCCUGUUCACACCGCUCAGGAUGGUGAUCCAGGCGUCGGGCAGUGUGGAUCUCGCUCGUAGUGUCAUCGUUCCUCUUCUGACCCGAGACGCCAUCGACUUCCUUCACGCCUCAGGAUCAGCAGAGGAGCGCCACCUGUGGGUCGCUCUGGGAGACGGCUGGACCAAGUGCAGGUUGGAGUGGCCCAAGGACCAUUACUUCCCUCCCUGUCCGCUGAGGUUCCGUGACGGUUGGGAGCCUCCGGCGUUCCCCGGUCGAGACCAGGAUCCGACUCGUCAGGCUGAGGUCCAGAUGGAGGAGGAGCUGAGGACGCGCCUGGCGCUGGAGGCGGCGCUGAAGACGUUCCCUCCCGCUGACGGGUACGACUUCUCUGACUCCGCCUUCCCCGACUCUGCCUUCUCCAACUCCGCCCACAAACUCUUGCAGAACCUGGAUCAAGACUCGGCCACGGCGGCGUUCAAACAGGCCGUGAGCCGCCGCGUCGACAGAAGCUUUGACGCCGACAGUCGAGUUCAACCAAAACUUUUUGCCAAAUCCAAAUACGACUUUGUGGCGAGAAACAACACAGAGCUUUCUGUACUCAAGGACGAGGUCGUCGAGGUCCUGGACGACAGGAAGCAGUGGUGGAAGGUUCGUAACGGCUGCGGGGCGUCGGGCUACGUGCCAAACAACAUCCUGGACGUCACCAGAGCCGUGGAGGUGGCGGGUCGAGGCGAGCCCAUCUACAGCCACACCAUCCAGCUCAUGAUGCCAAAGAAGGAGUUUGAGUUGUUCAAGCAACUUCUGGGAGAGUUGAACGAGAAACAGACCAAACCUGCAGCCAUGCCCAUGGCUCCGCCUCCCGCACCCACGCCGCCGCCGCCCGCCCCCACGCCACCGCCCCCGGCCCCCGUAAGGCUGCCCACGCCGCCGCUGCCUCCUCCGGCCCCCGAGCCUGCCAAACUGGUCCUACGCCAGCACAGCAUCACGUCAAGCGAGCAGGGCAGCGUCGCCAUGAGGGACCACGACAACCAGAGGCCCGCCCCCUUCAACCGCAGGAAGUCCAACAUGGAGGAGGUCCAGGACGAGCUGAUGCACAGACUGACUCUCGGUCGCAGCACUCAGAAGAAGUUCCCGGUUCCGUCUCGCAGCGGUCUGCCGUCCGUCAGCAUCACGUACGACUCGUCGUCAGACGACGUCAGAACCUGGUUGGACGCCAAAGGCUUCAGCCCUGUCACCAUCACCAGCCUGGGGGUGCUGACCGGCGCUCAGCUCUUCUCUCUGAACAAGGAGGAGCUGAAGACGGUUUGUCCCGAUGACGGCGCCCGAGUCUUCAGUCAGGUGACGGUGCAGAAGGCGGCGCUGGAGGUUUUCUUCUGACCUCCUCUCAGCUCCGCCCACUUUCAUCCAGAGGAGUUCAGGCUCCGAGCUCCAGGAGAUCAUGAGGAGGCGACAGGAGAAACUCGCAGCGAGCACCUGUGACUCAGGGGUGGAGUCUUUUGAUGAAGGCAGCGCCCACUGAGCUCCUCGUCUCCUCUUCCCUUCCUCCCUUCCUCCCUCCCUUUGCUUUAUAUCUGUCUUCUUCUUUUUUCUUUUCAAACUGCAGCUCGCUGUUUCCUCUCACUCUUGACCCUCAGGCGGCGGCCGACCAGGCGCAGCUUGUGGAGAUCCUGCGUCGCAGACAGGAAGUGCUGGUCUCGUCUCCGCCGUAGGAUGAAGAGGACGAGCAGCUGGUCCUUGUGAAGAGACGCUGCUGCUGCUGCUCAUUAUAACUGAUGUGAUGAUGUUGUUGUAGAAAAACAUGAAGAGAAAUAAUAAUUAUAAUAAUAAUAAUGUACAUUUCAGCCAAGAGAAAUAUGAUUUUCAUAGUAAACGAUCGUUUUUUAUUUUCCGUUUCAAUUACUGAAUAUAAUUAAUGUUAGAACCGAUCAAGUUGAAUGUCUUCACUUGAGAUGCACAAGAACUUUAUAACAUUUGUAACUUAUAAGCAUCAUGUGAUUCAGAGUCCAUUAGGAGCACGUCGCAUUUGUUGAUCGGCGUUUUUGCACAAGAAUUAUUCAAACGUAGUCUUUUCAGAAUCAAACAGCUGCUGCGUCGCUCGUCCUCUGUUCACGCUCAACUCGACGUCUCCUCAGGCUCCGCCCACUGUAGACAAGUUUCCUCAGGCUCCGCCCACAGUAGAAAUGUCUCCUCAGGCUCUGCCCACAGUUGAAAUGUCUCCUCAGGCUCCGCCCACAGUUGAAAUGUUUACUCAGGCUCCGCCCACAGAGACAGGUCGUCCCGUCAGUCACAGAAAAAAGAAAAAUUGGACAGAAAGAAAUUCACAGUUUCAGAUUUUUGAACCAAACUCAAACUUUUCGAUUUGUCAAUCCUGUAAACUGAUGGGACUCUGAUUUGGAACCAUGUGACGUGACAUCAUGAGGCUCCGCCCCCCUUAUGCGUUCGUGCUGGUCAUGAACUUCCUCACACUCCAGACACUUUGUACGUCACAUGUUGUGGAGUGAAACGUCUGUCGGACACGUAUGACACAGGCUGUAUGACACAUGUAUGACACAUGUAUGACACAUGAUGUAUGACACAUGUAUGACACAUGUAUGACACAUGAUGUAUGACACAUGUAUGACACAGGCUGUAUGACACAUGUAUGACACAGGCUGUAUGACACAUGUAUGACACAUGAUGUAUGACACAUGUAUGACACAGGCUUUAUGACACAUGUAUGACAGGCAUGACACAUGAUGUAUGACACAUGUAUGACACAGGCUGUAUGACACAUGUAUGACACAGGCUGUAUGACACAUGUAUGACACAGGCUGUAUGACACAUGUAUGACACAUGAUGUAUGUUCGUAUGUGGUUGGACAUGAAACAAGAAUUGAUUGUAUUGAUUAUUAUGUUUCUGGUGGUUUAACUGGUCGAGUGAAGGUUUCAGUCCAAACUGUGUCUUGACGUGAUGAUGGACGCUGUGACGGUUGAUUGACAGUCAUGUUGAUGAUCAGAGCGACGUCGACGUGUUUAGUGAUGAAACUUUUCUAGAUGCAGAAUCAGAAAUAAAACGUCAGAACCAGAAGCUUCAGUCUGUAGUUUUCUCGGUGCCUUUUCAUUUCAAUCUGCAAUAAAACAUUUUACAAACA